CAAAAACUGUCUCUCGUAUGCGCUAGGCCAUUGAACUGAAUAUUUACCUGCUAGUGAAAGUAAAAAUACGUGGCACAACGAGGUUUUAGUACGUUUUAAAAUUGAUUUUAUAUUAUAUUUACAUCUUUUCGAAGAACCCUGGUAUGUGACUGUAUUGAACACGCCCUAAUUGGAAAAUUAAGAGGGCAUUUAAUGAUGGAAGUCAGGUUGAGAUGUAUAAAGCGUAAAGGACAACAUUGGACCGUCAAGACUUUUGUAUUUGCGCUUUUUUGUGUCGGUUUGAAUAUCAAGUUAGCAGUCUCACUGGACACAGGGGGUGUGGCUGCUAACAGUCUAGGGAAGCAGGACAUUGAGCAGUCUGACAGUGACCAAAGGGCAACCAAUAUUAACCAACAACAACCUCCAGCUGGCACAAAGCCCCCAACCCAUGGAAAGGGUCAGGACUCUCCACAUCAGGGACAAGGUAAUCAGAACAGUGAGCAAUUAGAACAGGUUAAACCUAGUACACAACCAGAACCAGAAAACCAUGAUGAACCUCAAACUCCACUGAAUAAAAUCCAACCCCAGGGUCAUGUUAACCAACAGGCAACACCAUCUCAAAAAAAUAAAAACACAUCUCCAGUUCCACCAGUACAAGUUAACCAAAACACACCUCUGACACAAGUUAAUCAGAAUACCCCACCAGUACAAGUUAACCAAAACACCCCACCGGUACAAGCUAACCAAAAUACCCCACCAGUGCAAGCUAACCAAAAUACCCCACCGGUACAAGUUAACCAAAACACACAUCCGGCACAAGUUAAUCAGAAUACCCCACCAGUACAAGUUAACCAAAACACCCCACCGGUACAAGCUAACCAAAAUACCCCACCAGUACAAGUUAACCAAAAUACCCCACCGGUACAAGUUAACCAAAACACACCUCCAUUACAAGUUAAUCAGAAUACCCCACCAGUACAACUUAACCAAAACACACAUCCGGCACAAGUUAAUCAGAAUACCCCACCAGUACAAGUUAACCAAAACACCCCACCGGUACAAGCUAACCAAAAUACCCCACCAGUACAAGUUAACCAAAACACACCUCCGGUACAAGUUAACCAAAACACACCACCAGUACAAGUUAACCAAAACAUCCCACCAGUAGAAGUUAACCAAAACAUCCCACCAGUAGAAGUUAAAGAUAUACCACAAUUACAGGUUAAGCAAAACGCUCAUCCAAGUUCGGAAACCCAGAACAAAAAACCUUCACCAGGUCCAAUUAAAACAGAGCAGGUUAGGGAAAACUUGCAACCAGAACAGGUUCAGAAGGGAAAACAUCCUGAACAAGUUUAUAAAAACAGUGACACAAUUAUAUCAAAACCUGAACAGCAUAUUCCUCAUCUGGUUCCCAAUCAAGAGCUAGAAGAAAUUGAUAGUGGAUCUUUAAAUCAAGGACAUCAGAAAAAUGAUAAAGAAAACAAAGAUAGUCUGGUGUUAGAUGAGUCCAAAGAUACAGCUGAAGAUGGUAGUAGAACAAAAAAAGGGGAAAGACCACGCCCGGUAGACACCCCACAGCCACCGAACCCCUCCUCUCCCUCGCCCAGCAUCAGUAACCAGCAGGAAAAUACUAUGUCAGAAGAUCCUACAGAAGAAGUCCAGCUUUCACCAAAAGAGCUUAAAGCUGAAGAGUUCUACAGACUAGGGGAAGCACUCAUCAAUACUACUUAUAUGAAAGACUAUGACCAAGCACACCAGUACUUCCAGCUGGCAGCAGGCCUGAACCAUACACAUGCCUUAGAGUACACCGGCUUCGCAAACCUGUUUGGGGACUACCUACCCCAGAACAUCAGCAGGUCCAUAGAGGUGUUCCAUGACCUGGCUGGAAGGGGUAGUCCCAGGGGUCAGCUGGGAAUGGGAUUUGUAAACAGUGCUGGCAUUGGCAGAAAUUCCAGUCAGGCAGAGGCACUGGUUUACUUUACCUUCUCAGCCCUCGGUGGGGAUCCUUUGGCCCAGAUGGCUUUGGGUUACCGGUACUGGUCGGGGAUUGGUGUAGAGAUGAAGUGCGAGUCGGCCCUGACGUACUACAAGAAAGUGGCAGCCACAGUGGCAGAUGCGGUGACAGUAUCUGGUGGGCCCGUGAUACAGCGAGUACGACUACAGGAAGAGGUGGAGAACACUAACUCCGGACAGAGUGCUCUCAUGGACGACGAUCUGCUCCAGUACUACCAUUUCCUGGCUGAUAAAGGGGAUGUGCAAGCACAGGUAGUGCUGGGCCAGCUGUACUACCAGGGAGGCCGAGGUGUUGGGAUCAACCAUGAUAGAGCUCUCCACUACUUCCUGAUGGCUGGGGAGUCAGCCAACGCCAAUGCAUAUGCCUUCCUUGGCAAGAUGUACUCUGAAGGAAGUCCAGUUAUCAAACAGAACAACCAAACUGCCUUACAGUUCUUCAGACAGGCAGCAGAGAAGGGUAACCCGGUUGGACAGACUGGACUAGGAGUGAUGUACAUGUAUGGCAAAGGUGUAGAACAGGAUUAUAUUAAGGCGUUCCAGUACUUCACACAAGCUGCUGAGCAGGGCUGGAUGGAGUCCCAACUACAACUUGGACUCAUGCACUUCAGUGGAAAAGGGGUGAGGAGAGACUACAAGCUGGCUGUGAAAUACUUCAACCUUGCCUCACAAGGCGGCCAUGUCUUAGCCUUCUUCAACCUGGCUCAGAUGCAUGCUACAGGCACAGGUGUGCUGAGGAAUUGUCACACCGCAGUGGAGUUGUUUAAGAACGUGGCUGAGCGGGGUCGUUGGGCGGAGAUGCUUUCGGAGGCCCAUAGUCUGUAUAAGGAGGGUAAUCUGUUUCAUUCGCUUAUCAAGUACACUUUCCUAGCUGAGCUUGGCUACGAGGUCGCCCAGUCCAACGUCGCUUUCAUACUUGACCAAGGUGAGAUUGGUGAUUUCCACGAAACAGAGAUCUUUGAGCGUGCAUUAUUGCAGUGGGCACGUGCAGCUGCGCAGGGGUCAACGUCGGCGCGUGUGAAGAUGGGUGAUUACCACUACUACGGCCAGGGGACUAAGAUAGACUACGAGACAGCUGCCUCCCACUACCGUUUGGCCUCAGAGCAGCAGCAUAAUGCUCAGGCCAUGUUCAACCUAGGAUACAUGCAUGAGAAGGGCCUGGGUCUCAAACAGGAUGUUCACCUGGCCAAGCGUUUCUAUGACAUGGCGGCAGAAACCAGUAUAGAUGCGCAAGUACCUGUCAUGCUGGCCCUUGCCAAGCUUGGUGUAUUUUAUGGGGUUGACAUCUUCAACAAAGAGAUGGAGGAUUAUAACCAACUGUUGCUGAAAUUUGACCCACGUUUCUACCUCGGACCAGACUGGGAUAUCUAUGUGAUGACAUUCCUUGCCCUUCUCCUAGGUUUCAUUGUACUUCUGCGAAGGAUCCGGUAGCCCCCCAGCACACUCAUAUUCAGAUUGAAACAGUUUAAGUGGUGCUACUACACAAUAUCAACAAUGGCUUUAUCACCUAGAGAGAUAAAAGGAUAAAGAGGAGAGUCGACAUUUCUUCUUAUAUAUGGCACAAAUUAAAUGAUGAAAAACAUUCUAUGCUUCUACACCAACUCAUGAUCUGAGGUCAUUGCUGAUCUGACUGGGUCAACAGUGCUACAGUACUAGUCCUCAAUCUACAGGUUAUGCCAUCACUUGUCUGGAAACAAAAUGUCAUCAAACUCUACAGUGCUUAGUGUACAGUUAAUGGAUUGACACUCGGUGAAUGUCCAGAUACAUUACAAGGAAUAAAUAUGGAGAGAUCUGACAUCAGUACAGGUCUCAUGAAAACCAUUUUUUUAGGAGAAACCUUGCCUUAAAACAUUACUUUAGAAUUUUGAAGAUGUCUAUUGAAGAUGUUGAUGAACAGGAAAGACAAAAUUCUCAAAAAUUAGAUAACAUACUAUACGAUUCUAGUUCUCUCAAACUGUUGUGCCACAGGGGUUUCAUAAUUGUUAUAGACACUUAUACUUGGAUAUGGGCUAUAUGAAAUUGUAGACCCUACUGUCCUCAAACAUCAACUGUUCUAGUCCCCAAUACCCUGACACAGAGAUUGAAUUAUAUUGUUGCCCUGUUAGAGAAGGUGUGUCCCCUAUGCCUAACAAGGUUCUGUCAGAGUUGGUGGGUCCCCAUGCCAAUGUUCCAUAAGGUUCUGUCAAAGUGUGUCCACUAAUACCUCACAAAGUUCUGUCUAAGUGGGUGCAUGAUAUAUUUUAAUGGAGGCUGGUUAGGCCAGCAAUCAUACUCCCAGCUAAAAGUGCCUGGAUUAUGAAACAGCGCAAUUUUAGGACAAUUAAAAGAAGUAGAAUAUUUUUUGAUGGAAUAUUGGAUUAUCCAGCAUAGUAGAGGCCAAAUAUACCAUACCUGCUAUAAGUUUCAUCUCUCCCAGCCCAGGUUUGGACAAUUUCAGUGUGUAAUGUCGCACCAUUUUGCAUUUUUCAUGUAAUGGAGGAAAGAAAAUAUCCAACUCUUAAUGAUCAGAUAUGAUUUAUAUCCAUUCUCAUAAGCUCAUUAUCCAGAAAAUUGUACUCCCUGAAGCUUUGUUUAUUUGGAAAUAAAUCAUGAUCAGUCAUAGUGAGUUAGAUAUCCUCCAUAUACUUUGUUAGUGUGGACAGGGGUUUCCAAAAUACAAUUUGUAGAGUGAGAGAAGGGGAAGUUAAUAUCUACUCUAGACUUACACUUGUUAAGAGAAAUUCAAUGUAAAAGAUGGGGUUGUAAAGAUGUUGGUAAAAAAGUGAUGAAUGAGGAAAAUAUUUUGAUACGUAAGAAUAUUUGUUAUUUGUGUUCUAUCAAAUCUAAAAUCUAUAAUAUAUAUGCAAACGUUUAUAGAAUCAUGCUAUUUAUUUUGUAAAUGAGUGUGGUAUACGUGUGAUGUUUGUAUGGGAAAUUACUAUGUGGUACAUGGUGUAUGUGUGCUUGUAUAAAUGUGUGUAUUGGUAUUGACUAUGUGUUAUGUGUGUUUGUAUGAAUGUGUGUACGGGUGUUUGCCAUAGAAACCAAUGGGAGUGCUUGAUUACUCUGUUCAAAAGAAAGAUAAAAAAGUCAGAAAUUUAAAUGUAAAAGUGUGAUUAAUGAACUAUUAGAAGAGUGGACUUGGUAGAUAGAGUGGUAUUUGUUGAUUGAAAACUAAAAGAGGAUUAGGAAUAAAUGGCAUGGUCAUAUAAGUUAAUACAUAGAUUUUGCAAUAUAAGUAUAUAAUGAUUAUUUAAAGUAUGGUAUUCUGGUGUUGUCAAAUAUUGUGGGUAAUUCUAGACUCUAGGUCGACCAAGGAAGCCUGUCAAGGUAGUUGUAAGUAUAGUGACCUCCCAAGGUACAUGUAAUUAUGGUGAAAUGUCCGAGUACAAGUAACCAUGGUGAAAUGUCUGGAUAUAAGUAACCAUGGUGACCUGUCAAGGUACAUGUAUGCAGAAUAAUCUACCAAGGUACAAGUAACCAUGGUGAAAUGUCUGGGUACAAGUAACCAUGGUGAAAUGUCUGGGUACAAGUAACCAUUGUGACCCGUCAAGGUACAUGUAUGCAGAAUAAUCUACCAAGGUACAAGUAACCAUAGUGAAAUGUCAGGGUACAAGUAACCUUGGUGACCUGUCUAGGUACAAAUGACCAUAGUGACCUGUCUAGGUACAAGUGACCAUAUUGACCUGUCUAGGUACAAGUAACCUUGGUGUCCUGUCCAGUUAUAUGUAACCAUAGUGACCUGUCCAGGUACAUGUUACCAUAGUGACCUGUCUAGGUACAAGUGACCUUGGUGACCUGUCCAGUUAUAUGUAACCAUAGUGACCUGUCCAGGUACAUGUUACCAUAGUGACCUGUCUAGGUAUAUGUAACCAUGGUAGGCAAGAGAUACCAUGAAAGCCUUGGACACAACUAGACAGAUUUUUAUCUUCUUUUCUGCUAAUUAGUUAAGUUUGUUUAAUUGUUGUAUUUAAAGAAGAAUUUUCCAUGCUAUAUUUGUGUGAUGACUUUAGAAUUGGUAUUUUACACCUUAACACAGCAACUUCUGUACAGGUUUGUAAAUGGUAAUCAUGAAUGUCAUUAAAGGUGUUUAUAUAAUAUAAUGUGUGAACAAUGCAUUAUGAUAUAUCAGACAUUUUGUUCUACCAUAUCUUUGCAGCAUUGGUCUGUAAUUGGUGAACUUGUCUACAUUAGAUAGCUCAUGGUGAAGUACAGACGGGCUACCUACAACAGUGUGGUGGUCAAGCUCUAGUAUCACAUACUUGGUUUUAUGAGACAGCAUAUUCCCUGUACCUCCCCUUACAUUUUCUGUUUCUUUUUAUGGAAAAUGAUAUCUAUAUUAGCAAGUGUGUUGUGAUCAUGGACCCAUCUGUCGAGAAGCCCGACUCCAUCUACGACUGUCUGAUGUACUUUACUAUUAUCAUUUUUUUUUAUUUGAUGUUUUACUUUUACAACACCAGUAUAAUAGCAUGUUGAUGUGUUACAAACCUUCUACAAGAUCUAGCAGGUCCACACUUAACAAGUUUUAAUGCAAUCUUGAAUGAAGCACUGGAUACAACUGACUACAAAAAAGUGUAUCAUUAGUGGGAUGUUAAUUGAAAUUUAUUUCAUUAUUUACUGUAAAGUGCUUAUAUUUCAAGAAUUUUUGCUUUCGCUAUAUAUGUUACCAGAAACACAGGUGACAUAAAACUCUGAAACUGUUGCGGUUCUAAUCAAGUAGUUUUACUUUAUCAAUGGUAUUGUCUGUGAUUUGUUGCCAUUCUGAUAAAGAGUUUACCUAAUUUAAUGAUGUUGUGGGAAAUUGUUAACACCGCCAAAUUAAAUCACACAGAGUGUUCUAUAUUAGCUUGGUAUUUAAUGUUUUUAUUGUGCAUUUUUUUCUCCAGAUCCAGAGCAUAAAGUUGCAAUGUACAUGAAAUCAUGUAGACAUUCCGAUAUUGGUAAUAAGUUGGGGGUUACCUGUAUCCUUUUUUACCAUUAAUAUGUGAUUAAUGUCUCUUUUUUACCAGCUUGCAUCUCAUUUUUAACCAGUGAUAUAUAAUUAGCAUCUCUCCACAUCAGUGUCCGCGUGAAUGUUGUGUGCGUGUAAGCUGUGUGGGUCUCAAGCUGUUAGAUAUACACACAGAAGUAAUACAAACUUGUGUGAUACAGAAAUAAAACAUCUAAACAGUG